UCUUAAUGUCAACAUUUUUAGAGCAAUGUUGCCAGAAGCCAUGAUGCAAAGCGAAAAAGAAGUCUCGCAGCCUCAGGUUACCAUAGUAACCCCCGAGAAGCAGCGAAACAACACGAAGAAAUACGUGAUCAUCGCCGCAGUGGUCGUGAUCGUGGUGUCCAUCUCGGCGACACUUUUGGCCAUCGGCAUCACUCAGAGGUCAACGGUCGAACUCAUGAAGGUCUUCCAAAUUGCCUUCAAAGACGGCAACAAAGAAUUAAAGCAGCAAGUGGAGAUCAGCACCGUAGACAAACUGGAGGCUCUCCACACUCUCCCAGGGGACGGGAACGCCGAGACUUUCGUUCUCCACGACUACAAAUCUGGAAAAUUCGCCAUGAAAUUCGCAGACGAUGGAUCCUGUUACCUUCGUGACAUGUCCAGCAAUAUGGCGGCUGCAGAUCUGUCAGAGGUGGAACGCGAGUUUCAGAGAGCAGAGAAAUCUGGCGCCAGCAUAAAUGGCGAGACACACGCCUAUUUCAAGGCCGUCCACGAUAAAGUUGCCCGCGGAACACUCUCUGACGCCAUCUUGGACUUCUGCGACGGUCUAAAGAUCCAGCUUCUUCAGCAGACAUCAAAAGAAAACGCCACUGCUUCGACUGAAGUCAAAUCCAGAAAGCGCAGACAGACCCUGCCACGAUUCAGCGCCUACGCAAACAGAGUUUUCAACAACCUCAAUGCUCGUCUCGGACAAAUCGGCGGAAAGAAAUCUGGCGGCGAUGUCGACACAGCAUCUGUCGGAGUCCAAGGAGGUCCACUAAGAGGCCCAGGGUUUGGCGGCCCAGGCCCCGUGGAUCCUGGUUUUGGCGGUCCAGGCCCCGUGGGUCCUGGUUUUGGCGGUCCCGGCCCUGUGGGUCCAGGUCCACGUGGCCCAGGACCUGCUGCUGGAGGCGGACCAGUCAAGGGACCUGCUGUCGACCCAUAUGCCCCAAAGAACACCGAAGGUUGCUUUGAACAAUCGGCUUGUAAGGUGAGAGAGGGGUGCGUCGUGAAAACUGAGCGCACCUGCGCCGACUAUGGAUGGUUUUUCGGCAAUAGAGGGGGCGUCGGUCGUGGCAGACGCCUUGGAGACCCCAAGUGCCUGAAGUGGGAAUACAAUGACGUCAAGGACUGUGUCACAGUGAGAAACUGCGAGGAGAUCUGCACAUAGAUGACGUCACAGCGGCGAUGGCGUAUUUUUUAAAAUACUCGAUAUCUGAACUUCUUAGAAAGACGACAAAUUUAACCCCACUUUUGCCAUUGUGAAUUAGAGAAUACAGGGAAUGGGGAAAGGACUUACUGGAUCAUGAAGCUUACAGUUGGAAGGGAUGACCACGUUUGUGAUUCAACUAUGUAGAAUAUUGUGAUAAAAUGCGAUAAAAAUUUCCUCGACUGCAUGUGUAGUUUUGUAUUUCAGGGCAAUGUCUUUGUUUUUGAAAUGUUGUUGCGUGUAUUGAAUGUUUCACUAUUUUAACACAACACUUGCAUACAGUGUAUGAGUGUAUAUUUAUAUCUUUUUUGGGGUUUUAGAUGAAAUAAUAAAUUAUAUACAAAACCCAUUCA